UAACUUUGUUAAAAAUAAAAGAGAAACAAAAACCAGAGGGAAGUUGGAACCAAGCUUCCAUUAAGGCGAGUCUGUGAUGCAAAAAAAUUCUUCAAUAGAAACAUCUGAUCGAUCUGAAGUUCAGAUUCUGAACUCUCUCCAGCUCACUGUCAAAGCGUACGACGUCUCCCUUCAAAGAAGACAAAUCAUUGUCACAUAACGAAAACCAUCUUUAAUGUCCCGGUCGAGCUUGGCAAAGAAGCUUCACCUCGCUAAGAAGGCCUGGAAGAGCUUCACCCUCACGUUCCAAUCCAAACUUCACAAGCUCAAGACCUCCAAAGUCAUCACAACCACCACUCGUCGCCUCCGAGUCCUGCGCACCUUUCGCUUCCUUUUUCCCUUCAAACGCCAUCCUCUCCCUAGACCUUCCUACUACAGCCAACAUUACCAUUACAGCCACCACCACCACCACCAUCACCACAGCCAGUCCCAUAAGAUGAAAUUUGCUGCUAUACACAUAGACGAGCUCUUUGAGGGGACUGCUGCCUCGGUGAACAGAAGCACCCUGCACGCGCGCGCAGAAACAAGUAAAGGUAAACAAGUGAUUGACGAAGGGAGUUUGCCCAAAAGGAGCAAGAGCGUAUACAGUGUUGAGGACGCAUGGGAAGCGGUCAUUGCUUCGUCGCCACAACUGCGAAAUGUGGAUGAAAGGGCGGAGGAGUUCAUCUCCAAGUUUCGCGAAGAUAUGAAGCUCCAGAAGGAAAGAUCUUUCCAGGAGAUGUUGGAGCGCAGUGCCUAAAUUUGGUUUUUUCUUUUUACUUUAAAAAAAUGGGGUUUUUUUUUCCGAACAUUCGUAUUUUCUUCAAUCUAUUUUUCAAAUACGAAGUAUGAAAGCUAUGCAAGAUGCUUGUUGCUUUGAGAUUUUGUUCUUUUUUUUUUCCGAGGGGUGCAGUCAACGCUUUGAUUUUACAAUGGGUUUGAAAAUGUAUAGGAACUUACAGGUUGUGGGCUUCUUCUGUGUUCUUAUCAAAGUGGCUCCCCCUUUUUUUUUUUCCGUUGAUUUGGUAUUAUAUAGUGAGAGAGUGUUCUUUGUCUAGUUGUGUGAAACAAAUGAAAAGUUGUUAACGAUGUAGAGCAA